AUGCCUUCGGACGUCCCCCUCUCACAGUGGAUCAACCUCGACUUGGAGGCGCUGGCACUCAGUGUCUUCACGGGGGUCAUGUUCAUUGCCGUAUCAGUGCACUCCACGGCCGUCGUGUGCUCGUGCACAUACCGCGGGCUCGUCGCAAUUUUACGAGCAUUUGCCGUUGCGGCACGCGUUGUCUCGAGUGAAUACUCGAGCAAUGGCAUGAAAGGCGUCGUCAAGCGCGCCCUGAACAUGGCCCAGGCGCCCUUCAGACGGACCCGGUGCUAUCGCUUCCUUUGUCGACUGAUCCUCGGCGAUGUAGUGACCAUUGUGGCUGUCCCUGUCAUACUGCUUGUGCUGUACCUCACAAAAGUCAACUACGGUGACCCGGCGUGGUACUAUAUCACUGGUGUUGUUGAUGGCAUCGUCAGUCCAGUCGAUGCGGUGUCCAGCUAUUGCACCCACACCGAAACGAUGUCCCUUCGCCAGAGAUUUAGAGAGAACCCGAAUCUCCGGUUGUUUUGUGAGGGAGAAGGCGACGGUUACCGCAUAUUGAUGUGGUGGACCAGCACAAAACUGGAAACAACUCUCGACUGGGAGCUCUUGGAGCCAAUUUUAGUGUACUGCGUUUCGUUGUUAUUUGGCCUGUUUAUACUGGCAGUAUUUUUCUUCAACCACGAACGCAGAAGCGAAAAGGGCACCCAGACCGACUCCACUGUUGACCUGAACGGAAACAGCAAAGGGCUGUCAGAAAAGGCCACUGAGUUGCUUUCCAAAAUUACCCAACUCGAGGCUUACAAGGAGGCCGCUGGGUCGACCGUUGACCAGCUUAAGGGGGAUAUUCGGCUAAAGGAUCGCAAGGUCCAGAAACAGAGUAUCGAACUGGAGUGUCUUCGGAAGGCCAACGAUACACUGCUGGCAGCGAACAAGGAGCACGUUUCUCAAUGCCAAACCUGUGCCGAGAAGUUGUCAAGAGUCGAGGAAGAUACCACUCUUGACCAGGUCCGUGAGGAGCUGCGAUAUGCGCAGGGCUUAAAAACCCUUCUCAUGUACGGCUACAACUCCCUCAAACAACUGGCUGGUACCUUUGCAGAGCUGAGUCUCGGCGAGCAGCUUCUCUUUUUCACUAGUGAAAUCGAGAAGAAAUGCGAAGCCGUGAUUACCUCGGGUGUCCAGUCAUGGGAUGAGGUACGUGACACUCUCGGCACCGAGUUGGUGAGUGUGCUCAAGGAGGCAUCGGAGUGCGCAGCCGAGAUUCGACUCCAAGCCCCUGAUCGGGAACAUCUUGCCAAACAACACGUCGAGCUUCUGAACCAAAAGCUCAACAAAUGUCGACGUCAAAUGCGCCUGAUCAAAGCCGAAUUCGAAAGCCGCCAAAUUCGUGACAAGUCGGCAGACAAGAACCAUAGCAUCGAGGUCGAUAGCAUGCGCCGCGAGCAUGCUAUCCAUGUCAAGGACCUAGAAGCGAAGAUUGCUGACUUGGAGCAAGCCGGAGAAGCCCAAGCAACAAGAGCUGCCACACAGGUCAAGGACCUAGAAGUAAAUAUUGCUGACUUGGUACGAGCGGGAGAGGCCGGAGAAGCUCAAGCGGCAAACGCUGCCAUACAGGUCAAUGACCUCGAAGCAAAGAUUGCCGACUUGGUACGAGCAGGAAUGGCUGGCGAAACCGAAGCGGCAAACGACAAGCAGCGCAUGAACGAGGAGCUGGAAAGCUAUAAGAACGAAAUUCUCUCCAUGCGUCAAAAGCUGAGCAGCGCAGAGGAAAAGUUCGCCGCCCUCGAACGUGAGCUUAGCGAGGCCCGAUCCCUGAAUAACACCGUCGAUAUUCAGCGGACAAUCAACCAGGGUCUCUCAAUUGUCGUUAGCCAAAAGGACGCUGCGCUUCAACAGCUCAACCAAGAGCUGGCCAAUGCCAUUGAAAGAGAGGACGCUCUGAAGAAGGAGAUAGUGCAGAAGGCCGCUUUGCCAGGGAGCCAAGUCAUAGAGCCCACCCAGCCAACCAAGGAGGCAAUACACAUGGGCGAACUUGAGAGUCAACUGGUUGCUGUAAACCAGUAUUGCAGCGAAAUGGGCCAAAAGCAAGGUCGACUACUCGACGAGCUGGCCGACAAGUCUCGGGAGCUGGCGGCAGAGAAAUCGAAGAUGCGCCAGGUCCAGAUCGAAAACGACAAGUUCUUCGGGAUAAGGAAGAGUGUCGAGGCGGAAAUGCGAGAGCUGUGCAAGCAGCACGAGAAGGAAAGGAAGGAGAUCGGCAACGCCAAAGCCAACGCGGUGGGUAAACUGCAGGUACAGCUCAUUGAGCAGGGGCAUGCCAUCGACGACCUUCAGCGCAAGCUCAAGGAGGCCCAAGACACGAUCAGCUCGUCCAUGGACAUGGGAGCCGUUCAACGGAUCCAAGAGCUUGAAGUCGCGGCCGAGAAGCUGAAGGUGCAAGGCCAGAAGCACACCGACAUCGAGCUGGCGCUGCGGAAAGAAAACCAAGACCUGAAGCAGCGCCUCGAGCAAGUGGGACGGGAGCAAAGCACCAAGAAGGCGGUUGGCUCAGUCUUUGCGGAGCCCAAGGGGCGGAUCCAGAAACUGCAGCGCGACGUGCAGGCGGCGCGGCGAGAUCUCGAGAUAAUGGAGGAGAUGAGAGACCGGCUCGCGGAAGAAAUCAGAGAGUUUAAGCUGUUCUAUGGGCCUAUGAACGAGAGCCGUGAGCCGCGGACGCCCUUGACAGUCCAAGGGAUGCAGCUCGUCCUCCAGAACGAGCGCGAAAUAAUGCGCAUGUGA